GCAGGUCCUCGCUCUUCGCUUCCGCCGCGGUGUGUGCCGACACUUGUGUUCCUGACUGCUGGACCUGAUACAGUAACAUGUUCUACAUGUUCGAUGGGUUCACCCGGAGGCUGGCUGGGCCAGUCACCGCCGAAGUUUACUGUCCACAGGGUCUCCGGCCAGUUGCACCUUCAGAAGCCCCAAAGUUAAUAUUUGCCACGCCGACAAAGAUCGCGUCAGAGGCUGGGAUGGCUGAGCAUUACCUCGGUGUUAACAGAGUUCCUGACUUGCAAAAGUUAUUUCAGAAAUCCGAUGGAAUUCCUGUCCAUUUGAAGAGGGGUGUCCCAGACAAGCUGCUCUACCGAACCACCAUGGCAUUAACAAUAGGAGGAACCAUCUACUGUCUAGUAGCUCUCUACAUUGCAUCCCAGCCCAGGAAUAAAAAGUGACUGGCAUCUUUGCACCCUUGAAACCCAGGAAGCAAAUGCAAGGACUCAAACUUCAGUGCUUCAAAAUGGGGAAAGGUUUAAAACCAAGUAAGAGAAUUGGCAGGUGACAAACAUCAAAACACUUCACUUGUGUCUGAUUUAAAGUUAAGGUUCACUGCGUAAUGAUAACUUACGGGGGGAAAAAAAUGGGGAAAAAAGGGCAUAUGUCGAGUCAUUACCAUUCUCUUGUCGGUGGCAGUGGGCACGUAUUUCUAAUCGGGAACAGGUAAUGAGAUCAUUUUAAAUCUUCAACGGAUCACAUUUGAGUCAACUGAGGAGCCUGUUCUCCGGGAUGCCAUGAGUUCAUGAGAAGUCUGCGUGCCAAAACAAACAUCCACAUCCCCAUUUUUCUUUACCCUGUCAAUCACUUUACCUUUAAAAAUACCGGCUCUGCAAUACAUUUAAGGUUGCCUAACUUUUGAAAAAAUCACCUCUGGUUAAAUGUGCUUCCUGGGGAAAAAAAACAAUGUUUUAAGGGACAUUUUCAACCUUUUCCUCCUUCAGUUUGUAAACAAUUAAAAAGAAAAAAUCUC